AGGCGGAAGAGCGUGUUUAUCUCGCCAAGGUGUGCUGACGCCCAGGCACAUACAGUAUGUGUUUAGAGAACAUGAAUUAUGGACGAGACGAUAUUAUGUAACUGAUCGAUCGCCCCGCCGCCGGAUCGCGCCUCCCCGCUUGCGAUAGCGAUCCACUCAUCCGUGGUGGCGGCGCGACGGGUCGAGCUCGGAGCCGCAGCACAUUGCGCCCCGCGCCUCCAUGCACAGGCCCACAGGGUAUGAGGUACGUCCACCAGGACCGGGCUAGCGCAGCGGGCGCAACCGGACAGGAUAGGCUCCUCCCGCCGCCCGCUCUAUGGCUAGUUCUGCGGACGCCGUGGCGUUGGCCCCCGAACUUUCGAGCCUUCCUAUUCACGCAAUAUGCUUGCCGGGAGCUGUCGUGUGCCUUGCCAUUGGCUCCUUCAACACUGGUGCAGGUGGUUCAGUUACGAAGUGCGAUAGAGAGGAGCCGCGUACCUCCAUCUCGAUCUCCAUGAUGCCGCGCUCUUGUUUCCUACACACCUUCCUAAUUUGGAUGUGCAGCGAUACGCGUAGAUUGCCCCCGCGACGCGCCUACCGUGUGCACCGCCACCACGCGCGACGACGGACAGCGACUUGCGCGAAUUCUGCAAGCGAAAUACCGCAGAACCCGCCUGGAGGCCUUGUAGGGGACGAUAUGAGGCGAUUGGGCGAUAAGUAUGAGCGAAAUGACCAGGAACGAUGGGAAGACAAUUUGGGAGCUUAUCUCUGCCCGGUGGGAUCGCUCUACGCGAGCGUCAACAUCGUCUGCUCAGGUGCGCCCAAGAGAUAGUACGCUGCCAGAUAGCAAAUAUUCUACUCCCUGCCGCUACACAUACGUCCGUUCGGGAGCAUAAAUACCGUCCCCAUGCG